AUGGCCACUUCAAAAACACCAUCUCUAGCUACUUCUCUUCCUCUUCUUCUUCUUCUUGCUUUCCUCUUCUGUCUCUCAACCGCACACUCCUCCACCAACUCCAUCGGCAAAGGCUACCGUCUAAUCUCCAUCGAAGAAUCUCCAGACGGUGGUUUCAUCGGCUAUCUCCAAGUCAAGCAAAAAAACAAAAUCUACGGCUCAGAUAUCACCACACUCCGUCUCUUCGUCAA